AGCGUUGUUCCUUGGAAGGAUGGUGAAGCUGGCCAAGGCUGUUGCAGCAGGGGCCUUUCGAAAGCGACUCUACUUAGAGGAAUUCUGUGUUGUGGGCUUAUUAAGCAGAGUUCUCUGGGAUGAGGCGAGCUCACUGGAAAGAGUACUGGCAGUAGCGAGAGAAGGGAUAUUGGGCGGCGUGGGACGCACCAUGGGCAAAUGAAUGAAUCCACACACCACAUACCUAGAGGCCGGAGCUGGGGGCAGGACCCUUUAAAUUUCUCUUUGUGGGCAGCGCGGUUUUAACAGCGGAUAAGGAAGCAUAUGAACUAACCAGUACUUAACUAUUUUCCAGUACCAGAAAUAACCACCUUGAAUUGGAAAUGUUUUCGUUGCUCAAAUUUUUCUUUUGGAGUGUGCAACCUUCUUCCAUGAGUAGAAAGAAGAGUAGUAGUAGGAAACAAAUAACGAUUGCUUAAAUAAAUGAAGAUUUGUUAAUAAAAUUGGGAUCAUACGUUAUCAUUGUAGCCCAACAACCACAGUCCUUCAAGCGUUAUUUAAAUAUGAACAGUACUACCUGGUUGAAGGCAUUUUAGUACAAGUGCAUACAGAACUUUGUUACAGCCCACAUUAUAAAACAGCCACAGACUGUUUUUUGCAUCCUUUCCACCUCAAGUGCUAAAAUACCUGUGUUGAGUGCAGCUACCCUUCCUAUGACCAGAUGCCUCUGAGUCCUACAUGAGAAAAAAAAUGAAGCUUGACUCAUCCAAUGACUGGUGGAAAAGUUACGUUUAGGGUAUAUAUACCUUUUUCCGACUCUGCAGCAGCCUCUUUAAACUGUUUAAAUGAGAAUGUCCUUGGCUCAGAGAGUGCUACUCACCUGGCUUUUCACAUUACUCUUCUUGAUCAUGUUGGUGUUGAAAUUGGAUGAGAAGGCACCUUGGAACUGGUUCCUCAUAUUUAUUCCAGUCUGGAUAUUUGAUACCAUCCUUCUUGUCAUGCUGAUUGUGAAAAUGGCUGGGCGAUGUAAGUCUGGCUUUGACCCUCGACAUGGAUCCCACAAUAUUAAAAAAAAAGCCUGGUACCUCAUUGCAAUGUUACUUAAAUUAGCUUUCUGCCUUGCCCUCUGUGCUAAACUGGAACAGUUUACUACCAUGAAUCUGUCCUAUGUCUUCAUUCCUUUAUGGGCCUUACUGGCUGGGGCCUUGAUAGAGCUUGGAUAUAACGUCUUUUUUGUGAGAGACUGACUUCUAAGGACAUCAUCUCAGUUUUAUUGCUGUUCAGCAAGCUAUCAUUAAAGUGUUCUGAAUGUUUGCAAGCUUGAAGAAUACCAGAGAACUGAGAAAAAUACCAAAUGUAGUUUUAUACUGCUUCCAUAAAUUAGUCUUGGUGAAUCAUGGACUUCUGGUCAACCCAAAGCUUAAUUAUUCAGCAUUUGAGUAAUUAAUAUCCUUAUUAAUCCCUAUAUAAAUAAAGUUUGUUUUGGACCUUA